AAAAUGGUGUAAAUUAUUAUCGUAAUGUUCCAAUGGUUAAAAUUAUCGCCAGAGAAACGCAAACCGUAACAUGCUGACCAUCUUGCUCGUGCUUGAACUUGCCGUUCAUUGCUUGGGAGACCAUGACGCGACCUUCAACCUUACCGAUGGUACCAGGAUCGAAGGUCGCAUAGUAGGCGGUGUCGCAGUGGACAUCAGAGACUUCGCGUACCAAGUGGCAGUAUUACGCAACGGACUGCAAAUUUGCGGAGGAGCUUUGAUAUCCAACAGGACCGUUCUAACCGCCGCGCAUUGUUUGGAACCCGAUGUUAUAACCUCCGUUGGUCAACUGAGCGUUCGACUUGGAUCGUCGCUACAUCAAAGCGGUGGUGAACGAAUUUCCGCGGCGUCUUACAAGAUCCACGAGAAGUACGAUUAUCGUGAUGCCAGCGCAGUGGAUUACGACAUAGGGAUCAUCCAUCUUGCUUCGGUGGUGACUACUGGGUACGCGACGCCUUUGGCCAUGGAUUUCAGCGGUAGAUCUUACUCAGCCGGAGAAAUGGUUACUGUGUCCGGAUGGGGGGAUACCUACGAAGGUUCCGAACUCGGUUCUACCGAGCUACGGGCCGUCCAGGUGCCAGUCGUCUCGCAAUCGAACUGUCGUCGCAUUUACGGAAACGUUAUUUCCAGCAGGAUGUGGUGCGCAGGCCUGGAUGCCGGCGGUAAGGACGCUUGCCAGGGAGACUCCGGAGGACCGGCGGUUAUUAACGGAAAAUUGGCGGGAAUCGUGUCCUUUGGAGGAGGAUGUGCCAGGGCCGGUGUCCCGGGAGUUUACUCCAGCGUUCCCGCUUACAGAGCCUGGAUCACCGCCAACAAUUCUGGACUUCGGAUACGUCAUAGUUGCGUCAUAUUGUACUGCAUCUUACUGGCAAUGAAUGUAGUUUAAUAUUUCGAAGAAGAUUGCUAGAGAACAAAAUGGAUUUUAGUUAGAAGUUUCUGUUUUUUUUUGCAAUAUUUUAUAUACAGUGUACUUCAUAAGUAAAGUUGUUAUUGAAAUGAGAAAUCCAUUUUCGUGAAUAAUUUUGAUGAUACUUCCUAACUUUUUUUGCGCCCUAGUGUAUCUAGAUUUUUAAUAAAGAUUUUCUUCAUUCUUGCACAUUCUUCAUUUCUUUAGUUAAAGUUAGUGCCCCAAAAAAUGUAUCUGAUCUUAGACUCAGUAGGUUAUUGUCGGCUUAUUGUGUUUGAAAAGUUAACUUACAGACAAUUAAUUCGUUAUUUCGAUAGACUUUCGUAAGGCACCUCAACAGCUCUGAUGACAGUUCUCGAUGACUUUCUGCCCAAUCCAAUCCAAACAAUCAGAAUAAUUUCUAGUUCCUUAGAAAGUAGAUAGUAGAGGUUGAUAAUAGAAGAUCAGCGGCAUCAGUGUUGGACAGAGGUGUUCUCUUCUGGGACCUUUCUUCUUUAUUAUCUUCAAUUCGGAUCUGAGGCUGCUGAGAUCUUUUAAAAAUUGGGCUAGUAAGCUGCUCGACAUUUCAAUCAACAAUGUUAAAAUACCGAUUGUUUCCUAUUACAAACACUUGCUGUUAACUAGCUGUUAAUAGAAAUUAUAUAAGUUAUAUUUUUGUACUGUUGUUAAAUGUUAACUAGCCUUGUCAAUUUUAUUGCUUUAAUUAUUGUCCUUUUUUUUAUUUUUGUUUUAAUCUUUUCUUAUUGUUAGCUCAUUCACUUAAUUGCUUAUGAUAUUUUUUGUAAAUUUUUGUUUACUUGCUCGGUUAAGUCAUCAACCCAGCUGCCCUGCGCCGCGUGAAAAAUAAAGACGUUUUUCUUA